AUGGCCUUGCUGGGGAAGCGCUGUGACGUCCCCACCAAUGGCUGUGGGCCUGACCGCUGGAACUCCGCCUUCGCCCGCAAAGACGAGAUCAUCACCAGCCUUGUGUCUGCCUUAGAUUCCAUGUGCUCGGCGCUCUCCAAGCUGAACGCAGAGGUGGCCUGUGUCGCUGUGCACGAUGAGAGCGCCUUCGUGGUGGGCACCGAGAAGGGGAGGAUGUUCCUGACCGCACGGAAGGAGCUGCAAUCAGACUUCCUCAGGUUCUGCCGAGGACCCCCGUGGAAGGAGCCGGAGGCAGAGCACCACAAGAGGGUGCCUCGGGGUGAGGCCGGCGGCCGGAACAUCCCUCGGUCGACCCUGGAGCACGGCUCAGAUGUGUACCUGCUGCGGAAGAUGGUAGAGGAGGUGUUUGAUGUUCUUUAUAGCGAGGCCCUGGGAAGGGCCAGCGUGGUGCCACUGCCCUACGAGAGGCUACUCAGGGAGCCGGGGCUGCUGGCCGUGCAGGGGCUGCCCGAGGGCCUGGCCUUCCGGAGGCCGGCUGAGUAUGACCCCAAGGCCCUCAUGGCCAUCCUGGAGCACAGCCACCGUAUCCGCUUCAAGCUCAAGAGGCCGCUCGAGGACGGCGGUCGGGACUCGAAGGCCCUGGUGGAGCUGAACGGUGUCUCCCUGAUCGCCAAGGGGUCUCGGGACUGUGGCCUGCAUGGCCAGGCCCCCAAGGGGCCACCUCCGGACCUGCCCCCCAGCGCCACCUCCUCCUCCAUGGCCAGCUUCCUGUACAGCACUGCACUCCCCAACCACGCCGUGAGAGAGCUCAAGCAGGAGGUGCCCACCUACCCACUGGCCCCCAGCGACCUGGGCCUCAGCCGGCCUGGGCCUGAGCCCAAGACUCCCUCGGCCCAGGACUUCUCGGACUGCUGUGGACAGAAGCCCCCCGGGCCUGGUGGGCCGCUCAUUCAGAACGUCCAUGCCUCCAAGCGCAUUCUGUUCUCCAUCGUCCACGACAAGUCAGAGAAGUGGGACGCCUUCAUCAAGGAAACUGAGGACAUCAACACGCUCCGGGAGUGCGUGCAGAUCCUGUUUAACAGCCGAUAUGCGGAAGCCUUGGGACUGGACCACAUGGUCCCCGUCCCCUACCGGAAGAUCGCCUGCGACCCGGAGGCCGUGGAGAUCGUGGGCAUCCCGGACAAGAUCCCCUUCAAGCGCCCCUGCACCUACGGGGUCCCCAAGCUGAAGCGGAUCCUGGAGGAGCGGCACAGCAUCCACUUCAUCAUUAAGAGGAUGUUUGAUGAGCGAAUUUUCACAGGGAACAAGUUUACCAAAGACCCCACGAAGCUGGAGCCCGCCAGCCCGCCAGAGGACACCUCUGGAGAAGUCUCCCGUGCCACCGUUCUCGACCUGGCAGGGACUGCUCGGUCGGACCGGAGCGGGAUCUCUGAAGACUGUGGGCCAGGAACCUCCGGGGAGCUGGGUGGGCUGAGGCCCAUCAAAAUCGAGCCGGAGGAUCUGGAUAUCAUUCAGGUCACCAUCCCAGACCCAUCGCCAACCUCUGAGGAAAUGACGGAUUCGAUGCCCGGGCAUCUACCCUCGGAAGAUUCUGGUUAUGGGAUGGAGAUGAUGACUGACAAAGGCCCCAGCGAGGACCUGCGGCCAGAGGAGCGGCCUGCGGAGGACGGCCACGGCGAUGUGAUCCGGCCCCUGCGGAAGCAAGUGGAGCUGCUCUUCAACACGAGAUAUGCCAAGGCCAUUGGCAUCUCGGAGCCCGUCAAGGUGCCCUACUCCAAGUUCCUGAUGUACCCGGAGGAGCUGUUCGUGGUGGGGCUGCCUGAGGGCAUCUCCCUCCGCAGGCCCAACUGCUUCGGGAUCGCCAAGCUCCGCAAGAUCCUGGAGGCCAGCAACAGCAUCCAGUUCGUCAUCAAGAGGCCUGAGCUGCUCACCGAAGGAGUCAAAGAGCCCAUCACGGACAGCCAAGAGAGGGAUCCAGGGGACCUUUUUGUGGCCAGGAACCUGAAGAGACAGGGCUCUCAAGAGAAUUACGAUGCCAGGCUCUCCCGGAUCGACAUUGCCAACACGCUGAGGGAGCAGGUCCAGGAUCUGUUCAACAAGAAAUACGGGGAAGCCUUGGGCAUCAAGUACCCGGUCCAGGUCCCCUACAAGCGCAUCAAGAGUAACCCCGGCUCAGUGAUCAUUGAGGGGCUGCCCCCGGGAAUCCCGUUCCGGAAGCCCUGCACCUUUGGUUCCCAAAACCUGGAGCGGAUCCUCGCCGUGGCUGACAAGAUCAAGUUCACAGUCACCAGGCCUUUCCAAGGACUCAUCCCAAAGCCUGAUGAAGACGAUGCCAACAGACUUGGGGAGAAGGUGAUCCUUCGGGAGCAGGUGAAGGAGCUCUUCAAUGAGAAAUACGGUGAGGCCCUGGGCCUGAACCGGCCUGUGCUGGUCCCUUACAAACUGAUCCGGGACAGCCCAGACGCCGUCGAGGUCACGGGCCUGCCGGACGACAUCCCUUUCCGGAACCCCAACACAUACGACAUCCACCGGCUGGAGAAGAUCCUGAAGGCCCGGGAGCAUGUCCGCAUGGUCAUCAUCAACCAGCUCCAACCUUUUGCAGAAAUCUGCAAUGACGCCAAGGUGCCAGCCAAAGACAGCAGCAUCCCCAAGCGCAAGAGAAAGCGGGUCUCCGAAGGAAACUCGGUCUCCUCUUCCUCCUCGUCUUCCUCUUCCUCGUCCUCCAACCCAGAGUCCGUGGCAUCCACCAACCAGAUCUCACUCGUGCAAUGGCCCAUGUACAUGGUGGACUAUGCCGGCCUGAACGUGCAGCUGCCGGGACCUCUGAAUUACUAG